CCCCCGCCCCGCCUCACCUCACCUCAUCAUUCCCCACCUCCCCCCCAUCUCGCCCUCUCGCCAGCAAAAACCCCGGUGGCGCGACCACCGCGGCCGAUCCGCCCCAGCCCCGGACCCAGCUCCGGCCACGCGCCCCGCCCCCUCGCUCUCCGGCCGCAGGUGUCGCCGCCGGCGUCGGCGGCGGUAGAUCGGGCGCGGAGACGUCGUUGCGUGUUGAGGGCCGCGGGGGGACUUGAUGGCGGGGGUCGCGGCGGAGACGGCCGUGGCUUCGGCCUCGGGAUCGGGGAUCUGGUCGCGGCGGCGGGACGAGAUCACGUUCGAUCGCCUCCAGAAGUUCUGGAAUGAUUUGCCACCGCAAGCACGGCGGGAGCUUCUAAAAUUGGAUAAGCAAACCCUCAUUGAACAAGCUCGCAAGAAUUUCUACUGUUCAAGGUGCAAUGGGUUGCUUUUGGAAAAUUUCAAGUCACUGCAGCAAGAAGUUUCAGAUAUUGAUUGUCUGAGCUCAAGUGGUGAAUCAAAGAUUAGGCAGCAAAAUGGAUCUCAGGAUCCAUCUGUUCACCCUUGGGGAGGUCUUGCAACAACAAAGGAUGGCAUCCUUACGCUUAUUGACUGCUUUAUGAAAGCUAACUCGCUACGGGUGCUCCAGAAUGUAUUUGACAAUGCACGACUGAGAGAAAGGGAACGAGAAAUGCUUUAUCCUGAUGCAUGUGGUGGGGGUGGCAGAGGAUGGAUUAGCCAAGGGAUGGCUAGCUAUAGCAGGGGGUAUGGAACAAGAGAAACAUGUGCUCUGCAUACUGCCCACCUUUCAUGCAAUACACUGGUGAAUUUCUGGUCAGCAUUAUGCGACGAAACUAGAUCUUCUCUUCUGCGGAUGAAGGAGGAUGAUUUCAUUGAAAGACUAAUGUUUAGGUUUGAUAGCAAGAGAUUUUGCCGAGAUUGCCGAAGGAAUGUUAUCCGUGAAUUCAAGGAGCUGAAGGAACUGAAACGCAUUCGAAGGGAACCUCGCUGCACCAGUUGGUUCUGUGUUGCGGACUAUGCAUUUCAAUGCGAGGUAUUUGAGGAUUCCGUCAUAGUUGAUUGGCGCCAAUCUAUAUCAGAGACAGAUGGGUCUUAUCAUCACUUUGAAUGGGCUAUUGGGACAGAUGAAGGACAAUCAGAUGUUUUUGGCUUUGAAAAUGUUGGGAUGAAGACCCAAGUCCAAAGAAGUGGGAUUGAUCUUGAUCAAUUUGAAGAUUAUUUCAUAACUCUGAGAGCCUGGAAGCUCGAUGGCCGCUAUACGGAGAUGUGUGUAAAAGCACAUGCACUGAAGGGCCAAUCUUGUGUUCAUCACAGGCUGGUGCUGGGAGAUGGCUUUGUGACAAUUACAAAGGGUGAAAGUAUCAGAAGUUUGUUUGAGCAUGCUGAAGAGGCCGAGGAAGAGGAUGAGGAUGAUGCCAUGGAAAGGGAUGAAAAUGAUCUUGACGGUGAUGGCUCUCAUCCGCAGAAGCAUGCCAAAAGUCCUGAAUUGGCAAGAGAAUUUCUCUUGGAUGCUGCUGCAGUGAUAUUCAAAGAACAGGUUGAGAAAGCUUUUAGAGAAGGCGCCGCCCAGCAAAAUGCACAAAGUGUCUUUGUGUCUUUGGCACUCAAACUUCUGGAGGAGCGAGUGCAUGUAGCAUGCAAAGAAAUCAUUACAUUGGAAAAACAGAACAAGCUUCUCGAGGAAGAGGAGAAAGAGAAGCGUGAAGAACAAGAGCGUAGGAUGAGGAGGAGAACAAAAGAGAGAGAAAAGAAGCACAGGAGAAAAGAGAGGCUGAAAGAGAAGGAAAGGGACAAGGGGAAAAGAGAUGAGUUCAAAACAUCAGACGACAUUUCAUCCUCAACUCUAAGCAACUCCUCGACAUGUACUAACGACGAAUCAGGAAAUACUUUUGGCUCCAGAGCAGCUAGUGAAGAGGAAGAUAAUUCCACAGCUGUGGCUCUGUGCCACGCUGAGAUUGAAUCUUCAUCCAUAGAAAUUGAUGGACAAAACAAUAUAGACUGCUGCGAUACAGUGACCAAAUGUCCUCCAGUUAAUAGCAGUGAACCUUUCACAUCCCAGCAAUCAAAACCAUCACGGAGAAAUCUGAGGUUGAGAAAGGACGUUCCUCAAGACCACUCCUCUUGUUGGUAUGAUGACGGCCGAGAUGAAUCUAGAAGUGUUGGCAAUAUGCAGUGGCGAUCAAUGGAAAGGAUGAGAAAUGGUGAUGGAAGUUGUAACUCGGUGUGUAGUACAAAUAACAGAACAAGAUAUAGGCAAGACUACAAUUCUUGCAGCUGUGAUCAUCAGGAAAGUUACAAAACAGAGGACAACUGUUUUUUGCCAACAGCUAGAGCAGGUAGGGAGAUGAAGAUGGCAAAGAAAACAGGAGUUGAUAAGCCUUUAGUGCAGUACCGCCGUGUUGGUAGUACACACGAGAGAAAUGCAAUUCCAAAACAAGUAUGGGAGAGAAUGGAUACUCGGAAAAAGACUGGCUUAAAUGACACAGAUAAUAUGUCAGGAUCAGUUGACAAUGUCGAGUCACCCAAACCAGUGGAAUGUGAUACCAGUGGAUGUGAAAAGCUUGACACAGGACGUGAACCACUAGACCAAGCUUCUGAAAGGUCCACUGAUGUUUGUAAAUCAGAAACAGAUCAGCCAUAUGGACAGCGUGAGGAAAAUCAAUCUGCUUGUUCUGAUGGAACUCCUAUGACGAAUAAACAAAAAUGCCACUCAACAAAUAAUGAAGGUUCUAAGCCAGACGAAGAGCUCAUGACGAACUCUGCCAGUUCUGAUGGCUCAUCUUCAUGUAUGAGCGAGGCAGAUAGAGAAAGCAGUUCAAGCAGUGUGACGUCUUUGAGUGCUCAUACUCCAGAAUCAUCAUCAUCUGACUCGGAGGAAUCUUCGGAGAGAGUCAACAUCAUUACAGAAGCUCCAUCGACAAGAACUGCUUCACGUUCUUUGUUUGAGACGUGUGCAGGAAAUGGUUUCAGAGAAUACCACCCAAAAGCCACAUGCCCGCCUCACAACGACAGAUUUGGAUUCAGUGUACUCCCCUUCCAGAAUCAGUCAUCGCAUCAGCAGAACAUGCAUGCACCACCUGCAUAUUCACCGACCACAAUUGGGCCACAUAGUCACUCGUGUGCUGCUCCAACAAAUGGAUACUUCCAGUAUGGUCAGCCACCCAAUUUCUUCUCUGGUCCAGUCGGAUUCCGAGUACCUGGGAACGGACCUGCUGAUUUCUCGGUGCAGUACAACAAUGUACAUCGCUACCCAGCUCCUGCUUUUAGUUGUAUUCACCCAGAGCAAAUUCUCAAGACACCGACCAGCUUCAGAGUCAUGCCUCCGCCUCCCCUCCCCCCUUACCGACAUGGAACAGCGCCAACUGGUGGUCAUCCUUAUGGAGGCUUGAAUCCAGACAGGCUUAAUUCCAUGUUGAAGCCGAUGGGCCCGAAGGAUGCUCCAGAUGGUAACAAAUUGCCUGACAAAAGUGCAUCCUUCUCGUUGUUCCAAUUCAACCUGCCGAUAGCUCCGCAAGGCCCACCGUCACCCAAAGAUGGUAAGAGCGGAGAGUCGGUAGCAAGGAUGCCGCCAUUUGCUCCGGUUCAAGCGCAGCCAUGCUCCAGAGAGCAGACAGAUGUGAAGGAGUAUAAUCUGUUCUCCACCGAUCAAAGCGGCUAUUUCCCUUUAUCCCGUUAAAAGCAACACACAUGGGGGACGUGCUCUUCUCAUUUUUACUGUCUACAACUGUAUACGGUGAGUGAUUGUAUCAACCGAACGAAAUAAAGGAUGUUUUGAGUGGUUUUUCUGUAUGCUUACGUGCCUUCAGUUUUGGACUAUAGGGCCGGAACUAUAUCUUUUAUACAUUUUUUUCUUAUAUUUUCCCUUUGUGUGUAUGAGAAGAUAGUGUAUCAUGUAGCCUUUUUGAUUUAUAAACGAGGUAAAUUUCCAA